ACACAUGUUGCGUCACUAGCAUGCGCCGAGAGGAGAGUCUCGAAAGGAGAUUAUUACCUGUGAAGUGUGGAGGGGAAGUCAUCAGCCAGCAUUUUAACACUAUUUUUUGUGAACAUCUGAAGCUAAAUCGGUACGCGUGGCUAAAGAAGAGACAUAAGUCCAGAGCCUGUGCAGCUGGCAACUGUCAGACUCACGGUACAGCCACAAACUGCAGGACACACACUGGAGAGAGGGCUUAACGUUGUUAGCAAAGCACCGCAGCUAGCUAACAAAUGAAACCGUAUCUGGUCGGAGCUGCUCCGGGGCCCGAGUCGACCACAAGCCAACUGCAAUAACCCGAGGUUAAAGCCAGAAACCAUGCACUGAGAGUUAUCUUCGUCUUCAGGUGGGGAAACCAACACCAGGUCCGUGUUGCAACAUUUUGGCUGCAGUUGGACCCAUAUCGGAUGGAGGAGAAAUUUACUGCAGUCAUCCCGCCAGCUGAUUUUGAAAAUUCAGCAACUAUGCCUUCCGUGGGACUGCUUUUGUAAAUGUGGUAGCCAUGGCUUCUCGCAAGGUAGACGAGCUACGCGGUGAGGCUAAGGAUUCAGCUGCAGUCUCCGAUCAGCUGUUGCGAUGUGGCCCCGAUGACAUCACGGAAGAGCUUCAGUCGGAUGUGCUGAAUGCUGCCACGGUGAAAUCUCAAAAAGCUGGAAAAUUCAGGAGGACUGCCCUGACAUUUUUUGGAGUUCGUAAAAGCAUCUGUAUUCUGCCAAGUUUUUUUGGAGGAAGGAGUAAAAAUCCUAGCAAGUGGUCUUCUAAGAAAGGAAUCACCAAAAGCAGAACACAUGAUGGGCUGAGUAAGGUUAGCCAUGAUGACAGUCUGAGAGGUAGUUACACCUCAGCUGGAGAUUCUGAAUACCACAACCAGAGGGACUCCUCUGGAGACCUCCACAGUAGCUGUCACAAUGAAUGUAAUCACCCCGCUACUGACCAGAAGUCAAUGACUCUCGGACGGCAGAAAAAGGGUUUGAGGAGUCUUUUUCACAGUUUUAAACAUCACAGAAACCAUAGAAACGCUGGGUUGGAUAAAACUGAAAUGAUUGCAAUGUCCUCUCCUCACUGCAAGAAGGAGGUGCCUGUUGUCCAGAACAACACCAACGAGUUUGUCACAGAGUGCCUGGGAUCUGAACCUGAUGUGCCUGAUUUUGCGGAUGUUAUAUGUGAUAUUUCAAUUGGUCCUGAAUGUAUUGAUGCUGAUGCAAUGGCAUUAGAGAAGAGCGUGGAACAAGAAAGCCCAAAGUCUGAGCUCGACGACCAGAUGUGUGACGAUCAAAUGGAGGAAAUGAAUUUGAUAGCUGUAGUUUCCAGUGAUUAUGAGGAGACUUCCAGAGGACACAGCGAGCCCUGCCUCAAACUUCAGAUGAUGUCUGAGCCCAUAUUGAAGUCUGAGACGCCCGCCGGCUCGUCGGAUCAGCUAAACCUGAUUUUCGGAGACGUCGCAUCAUUAAAGAGCUUUGACUCGCUGACUGGCUGUGGGGACAUCAUUGCAGAUCAAGAAGAUGACAGCAUCACAGAGAGCACAGUUUCUGGAGAAAGGAGCAGAAAUGGAGGAAAGAGAGCCUCUUGUUAUCUCACUUAUCAGGGUGGCGGCGAGGAAAUGGCCUCACCCGAAGAUUUGGAUGAAGAGUGUCUUCAAGAUUUCUGGGGAAAUAACACAUCAGAAGAAAUCUGCUGCACUUGCACCCAAGACCACACAGACGAGACUACUGAGCUGACAAGUUCCCAUAAUAUGGACUUACUCAACAGUAAUAGUGCACAGCAAGCCAGUGGCAUGGACACUUCCUCAAUUACUGACGUGUUAACUCCUCAAAGUGAGCAUCAAGAAUCAGUUCCAAAUAGUGACGAGGGCUACUACGAUUCAACUACCCCAGGGCCAGAUGAAAGUCAAGAAAAAACUGACAGACUAAGGACAGAGAGAUUGCCCAGGGACAGUUACAGCGGCGAUGCCCUCUAUGAACUGUUUGCGCCUGAUGAGAGUCUCAUCAGUCCACAUUAUGAAAACAAAUCAAAGCUGCCCGGUUCAAAUCAGUGCGAGUAUUUAAGUGAGCCAGUUGGUGUGACAGAUUCUGCCUUUGUUCCAGAAAUGAAUCGAUUACAAAUAAGUCCUGAGCUGUACAAGGUUCACGAUUUUCUGGAGAGCAGCGCAUCGUUGGAGUUGGCGCAAAACGUGGUCGGUUGUCCGGACAUCGGCUCAAAUAAAAACUGUAAUUUGAAUUCAAAACCACAAGCGUCGGGCAACAAAAAUAACGUAGAACCAGAUGUGUUUGAUGAAAAGGAAGACAUGCUUGCUUCGAAUGAAAAAAGAGCAAAAUCUGUUCAUGUUGACUGUGAGAAAAGACACAGCAGCAUAUCAUUCGGAAGCACAUCCGACCCAGAUUUUGAAACAUUUUGUGAACCCAAAGAGCAGCAUCUUGAGGAAAACAAGCCUGUGGCUUUGCCGUACAGAAAUAUCAAUUCUCAGUCUCCAGAUUGUAACAAUGAUUUGGACGAUGGGCAAACUGUGUGUUUCUCACAAGCGCUUGUAGACUACACAAAACACUCUCAGAUGCUGAGUAACUUGCACGACAGUGUGGAUGAUCUGGAGACAAACUCUGCCUUCACUCCAAAUAUGGAGGCCUUACCUACUAUAGUCACAUUUGAUGUGGUGAAUAUGCAUAAUGAGGGCGAAUACGAUGAGCAGAUUCACAUGGAACUGGAGGAGGACAUUUCUUCGCCCUAUCAGGAAUUUGAAGAAAGCUACCUACAGAAAGAUGCAUUUGCCGAAUUUGACUAUCAAAUGUUAGACCUGUACGAACAGAACCUGAUCAGUAAUACAUGGGCGAUCGCUAGUCUCCCACGGCACCUAGGCCUUACAAGAGUCAGCCAGCCCAUGCCUAAUCCCUUGUCUCUAGACAGGAGAAGUAGAUCUCUAGACACAGAGGGCCUUGAGCUGAAGAUGCCUGACACAUACAGAGAGGAAAGAGCUGCUAUCGUUUCGUGUCCUCAAAUUGAAAAGGACUCUGAAAGAGACUCUUCACCAUAUUACAAAAAGAAUGUACUCGUGUCUGCGGCGGACGUUAAAGACAGUAGCAGCAUUAUGACCUUAUCAUGGCAAACAAGGUCAGAAAUGGCUUUAAGCCUUCCUCUGACAGAUGGGGAAAUCACUGAAAAAGUACAGAGUCUCAGUCAAGCCCAAGUAAAACACAAAAUAUUUUCUACUUCGUCCAGCAGUGAUUUCCCUGACAGUAAAUCCCAACGUCUUUGCUCCAAUGUGUCAGACAGAGUGUCCUGUGAUUUAAAGUCACAGAAUACAGAGCUUUACAAUAGACAGUGUCACCUUCCUUUGCAAUCAGAUUCUUGUGUACCUCACAGCACCUUUGUUUAUUCUGAUAUGGUGGACAAAGUAUCAGAUGAUAUUGACGAUGACAUAUUUUGUAAAGCUGCCACUAAUUUGCAGUCCUACAACCAGUGUGGUAAAAGCAGACCAGUGGCUAAUAGGGAAGGAGUGUCUCAUACUGGGAGUCCGUUAAAUGCAGGCGUGUCUAAAGAUGAACUGGCUGUCCUCGGUGAAACAAGAGCACCCAGGGAUGUGGUGUGCCCUGUAGCCUGCAGCCAGCUCCCCGAGACCACCUUUAAUUGAAAGGCUCUUAAUCAUACAGCUGGCAUUCUGAUCAUGUGUAUAUGUGCCAAUGAGUGCUUUUAUGUUACAUCCAAAGGAGUAACUGUUGCUUCAUUUUCACUUGCACAAUUGAUUCCUUUGAGAAGUAGUUGUACACUGUGAUAGAUGGGUCACAUGUUACAAUUUGAAAUCAUUUUGAAAAGUGGAGUGUGUGCCAUCAUGCUGUGUCAACUACAGCGCAGUCAAAAGGGAGUUUCUGUAUUUGCACAAUAACAGUCUCUCACGUAUCCCAUUCAUUUCAGUCCACUGAAGGUAUUUAAGGGAGUAAUUGUUUUUAUUUGCUAUGGAAAUGCUCACAGAUUCAUCUCAUUAAGCUAUUGAAUAUUACUAGAAUGUUUAUACUCAUAUGUAGCCUCAGUAUCCAGGUCUCAAUAAUAAUGCCACACUUAGAUUAAUGGGUAUUCAUUUGCCUGGUUUCUAUAGCACAGCCAAUCAGUGCUAGCCAAGUCUUGCUUACUUUGCCGGUUGCCUCUAAACACAUGUAUGCUUAUGCUUUAAGUGCCAGCUCAUAUUUGUGUUUACUGCUUUAUCACAGCUUGUCUUUGCUCCAGGAAGGUUUAUGUUUUCCUGUCAUGAUGCUCAAAUUUGGUGUUUCUAGCUGUUUUUCUUGGUUCACCUCAUUUCAGGACAGACUAGGUUUAGGAAACAGAAAGAGGAGGAGUAUCUCAGAGGAGAAUAUCUGAAUUCAAGGAGAGGAAUACCUCAGUCUACAUUAGCGAACACCUCUCUUGACAUCUUCAUGGGGAAUAUUUGAAAUGCAUUACACUGUUACUGUUAAUCUCAAAAUAUCUAACAGGAAAUGCACAGAUGGACAGGCAUUUCAUUUGCAUACUGUAGAUAGCUUUGCAAGGCAAAGCCACUUUACUUGUGUAGCACGUUUCGCACGCACUUACUCUGUGUAUGAAAGUGUUUUACAUAAGACACUGAGGAAACAGCUUAGAAACUGCCAGAGUAAAAUGUCUAUAAAAUGAAAAAGGAAAACAAAUCAAAGAAAAAAAAAAGCUAAUAGUACCUAAUAGUCUCAAAGUUAUUGUGUUUGCUUCUGGCCUGACAAGCCAGUUUGGCCUUACUGUGGCUGCUGUUUUUCUCUGGUCCCAUUUUCCAACAGUUUGACCACCUGUGAAGUGCAGAUUUCUGACUGAAAUGAUGCACUCCGUUAUUGUAUUACUGUGUGAGCUUAUUGAAGUGUUGUUAAAAAGAUAAACUGGUAUUUUCACCUUGUAUCAUUUUCUUGUGAGUUUAAUGUUUGAUUGGUCAGAGGUUAAACUGUCAGAUGAUGUAGUUUUUUAUGGUGUAAUAUUGAGCAAAUGUCAAAAAAUGUAUUUAUAUUCUCAGCUAUUUGUAUACUGUAACAUUGUAUUUAGAAUGGUUAUCACAAAUUGGCAAUAUUCUUUUUUGUUGAGUUUUCUUUUUUAAUCUGGAUUUUUUUUUUUUUUUUUUUGUCUGAAAGUUACAUCCAUGUUACACUACAGGAUUCCUCUUAAAAAUCUGUUACAGUUUUGUCAGUAGAACACUGCCUUACACUUAAAUAAACAUGACAAGACAUUA